AUGCUUCGUCAGGGCUCGGGUACUUUGCAACUUGUUGCUGCGAAUCUUCUUAAUGGUGAGCAGCAGCGUGGAUUUGCUACUUUGAAGGAUAUCUCCAUCCGUCUCAAAUCGGUUAAGAAUAUUCAAAAGAUUACCAAAUCCAUGAAAAUGGUUGCCGCUGCCAAGUACGCUAAGGCUGAGCGUGAAUUGAAGGGAGCCCGCGCUUAUGGUGUUGGAGCCAAGGCCUUCUUCGACAACAUUGAUCCAAAAAUUGAGGGAGAAAAGAAGGAAGAAGCUAAGAAGCAAGUCAUCGUUCUCAUCACCUCUGACAGAGGCCUUUGUGGAGCUGUUCAUUCCUCAAUUGUCAAGGAGGCGAAGCUCAUCCUGAACAACAGCGGAGAUAAAGAUAUCCGCAUUGUCGCUAUCGGAGAUAAGGCUAGGGCUGGACUCCAGCGCCUUUAUGCCGACAAGAUGUUGCUCUCCGGAAACGAUAUCGGACGUCAACCACCUACCUUCGCCGAUGCUUCUAUCGCCGCCAAGGCGAUUCUUGACUCAGGAUUCGAUUUUGAAGAGGGAACCAUCCUCUACAAUCGUUUCAAGUCUGUUGUUUCGUACGAAACCUCCAAGAUCCCAAUCCUUCCUCUUGAGGCCAUCAAGGCAAAGGAAGCCCUCAACACUUACGAUUCCGUCGAUGACGACGUUUUGCAAUCCUACACCGAAUAUUCGCUCGCUCAAUUGAUCUAUUACGCCAUGAAGGAGUCGGCGACAUCCGAGCAGAGCUCGAGAAUGACUGCUAUGGACGGAGCCUCGAAGAACGCCGGAGAAAUGAUCGACAAACUCACCUUGGCAUUCAAUAGAACUCGUCAAGCUGUAAUUACCCGCGAGCUUAUCGAAAUCAUUUCCGGAGCCGCUUGCGUCUAG